CACGGACGUCGGGCUGUACGCCGCCCGUAAAUAAUCGUACGGUGUGCCGUGGCGAAUUUAAUUUGGAUUUAAUUUAAUAAUAAGACGCGGAUAAAGGCAUCCUUUUAGCAUUCAGGGGUAGCACAAGGUAGCAGUGUACCCUGAAGAUGGUCGGCGGAGUGACGGAGGGUGGACCUCUUAUUCGACCUGUCGAGCCCGUCUCGACGGCGACAUUGGUGACGUUAUGCAUUGGUGCCGCUUUCUUAUUAUGUGCUGUCGCUAUGACCUGGUGGCUCUGUCGACGACGUCGCGAGCACACCAAGUUAAGCUCGGACAAGUCCCUGGCGUUCAGACCUCCACAUCGGAAGCCGACGGCGGUUAAAAGCCCUGGCAGUACGAGCCAUUAUUUAAAGAAGAGUCCAUCACCGACAGGACCUGCUAAAAGCCCGCCUGGUUCUGGUGGACAAACUCCCAGCCCGACAGGGUCACAGUCUUCAAAUCCAGCAUCUCAACCUAGAACACCGCAAAGCGCAGGAACACCGGUACAAACACCUGUCGAGGUCGCUGUGAGUAUAGAGAACGAGCGCGACAAGGCUGAGUUAGAGAAUAAUGAGAAGGUCGAACGUGAAAAGUGCCAAACAGCUGAGAACGACAAAGAUAAUCUGGGCCAGCUUGUCUUUAAACUGAGAUAUCGAAGCGAACAGAAUGCGCUCGCGGUCACCGUGGUGAAAUGCAAAGGGUUGCCAGCCAGAGGUCAGCAGAAUGCUACCAGUGAUCCUUACGUGAAACUGCAAUUGUUGCCUGACAAACAGCAUCAUGUGAAAACUAGAGUCCUUAGAAAUACCAGAGACCCAGUGUAUGACGAAGAUUUCACAUUCUUUGGCAUAUCGCAGAGUCAGCUUCAGAAAAUUAGCUUACACUUCAUCGUAUUGAGUUUUGACCGAUAUUCACGUGAUGAUAUCAUUGGAGAACUGACAUGUGCUUUAUCAUCAGUGCCCGGUUUAGAGGAUGCGGACAAUCAGGAAAUAUCUCUUUGUCGAAAAAUAUAUCCCAGGAGUUUAAAAAUACAGUCGCAAGGGAGAGGAGAGUUGCUGGUCUCUCUUUGUUGGCAACCUGUUACCAGCCGGCUGACGGUGGUAGUAUUAAAAGCACGAAAUCUACCAAAGAUGGAUGUCACUGGGCUCGCUGACCCGUAUGUGAAAAUCUAUCUUCUGUACAAUCAACAACGUAUUGCGAAGAAGAAAACACAUGUAAAGAAACGUACGCUCAGUCCGGUAUUUAACGAGUCCUUCGUUUUCGAUAUACCGAACGGUGCAGAUGGGCUCAAUAAUGUCAGCCUUGAGUUCAUGUUAUUGGACUGGGAUAGAGUAACGAAAAACGAGGUAAUCGGCCGGCUAGAAUUUGGUGGACCAAAAUGUCAAGGCUCUGCUGUAAACCAUUGGAAAGAAGUAUGCAGCUCACCGCGACGACAGAUAGCCGAUUGGCAUAAACUGCGGGAGUAAUCAAUCUCUGGCCCUACGUAUCAGCCCGAGUUCCCGUCUCUGAUUUCUUUGAAUUCCCAUAUCCUCCUCUACUGUGAAACCGAUUCGAUUCUUGAAGCCCUAUGAGGUAGGGCGUUUUGUAAACCUAAUCAAUGUAUAUUAGGCUUGAAACGAACGGUUCCACCCGUGAUUGCUGUCAUCACAAGAAACGUCUUGAAUUUAUAAACGCAUUCGCACAUUCCUUAUUUAUGACUCACUAGGAAUUUGCGUGAUAUCUUUUUAAUCUUAAAAUAAAUGAAAUUUUAAUCAUGUUGCUCUAUUCAAGCUUGUCAGUUUAUAUAUAUAAUUCUUUAUAAUUUAUUCAUUUAUAAUAUUUUUUUUUUAAAUAGAUGAUAUAAUUUUUAAUAGAUGAUUAUAUAGAUUGUCACAAAAGAUAAUGACACGCGAUUACGGGAUGACAGCUUGCAAGAUGCUUUACAAGAUAUAAGCAUAGACAUUAAGAUUCUUGACCAGUUGGUAACGAGAUUAUGAAAAAGGACUGUCGGUGCAAAGCGACCUAUCAAUUACUAAAUACUGCGUCAUGUAGAUGAAAAUGAAGCAAAUUUUUGUGAAAUGCAUUGGAAGCGGUUUUA